AUGCCAAAACCUGCCUCCUUCCGUAGAUUAAUCGCCCUCGCCGCCUGCAUUGUUGUCAUAUCCGUUGUCGUCAGGUAUCCCCAGACCAUCUUCGCUUCCAACAGAUCAAAAUCCGCGCAAGACUCUUUUCAUCUGUGCGUAUCUGGCGACCAGCUUGAUUUGGCAUCUUUGCCGCCGCCGCCGCCGUUGGAUUCGCCUGAGUUGGAGGAUGAGAACGAGGAGGAGGAUGCACAACGGCUGCAGCCACAUCAUUAUGACCCUAAUGGCUUGCUCGUCGUCAACCCCAACGGCCCUCAUCCUAUCUACGAGCUCAUCAAACGCGCAGAAGCAUCUUGGAACUCCAAGCUCGAUCGUGCCAGCAAGACCCUUGAACAAGCCGUUGCUGAGUACAAAAAGCGCUACCACAGGCCUCCCCCCAAGGGCUUUGAUAUAUGGUGGGACUACAUUGUGAAACACAAGGUCCAACUACCCGACGAGUACAACCAGAUUUACAAAGACCUCGAACCCUACUGGGGCAUAGACCCACACGACCUCGCCUCCAUCCUCUCCCACCUCGAGGAAGACGAGGGCGUGAUCGUGGUCGGCAAACGCCCUAACAACGACUACAUCACCGUCUUCAACUCAACUCUCCCGCCAGAUGACCAGGGCUUGCUCGUGGUGAUGAUGAAGGAUCUGUUAGAUGUCAUACAGGGAGUUCAGCAACGUCUACCUUCUUUCCGCGCUGUCCUCUCCCCACAUGACAAUCCUAACAUGCUCUCAGACUAUACGGUCAAGUCUAUGGCUCUCAAGGCGGCCGCAGCGCGAACGUUCAUUAACAUUAGCAAUCUACCACACACAGAAACCGAAGGAUGGAUCCAUGCCUGCUCGCCCUCCUCUCCUGCACACCACACCCCCCUCUCUCUCACCUCUCCCCCUCCUCCCUCUCCCAUAAAAUGCUUCAUCCACAACCAUCUCCUCAGUAUGGACCCCUGCCUCCACCUUUACCACCUCACCUCCCACAGUCAAUUCCUCUCACACGAUGCCGGUCCCUUUCCCCAAAAUCUGCCCAUCCCGCGCUUCUCGCGCUGCUCUACGCUGCUGCACCAUGAUAUACACCCUGCGCUGGCUGAUAACUGGAUGGAUGAUAUUUUGCCGAGGAGCAACAAUCCGGAGUGGGAGGAUAAGGUGGAUAAGAGGCUGCUGUGGAGGGGGAGUAAUACAGGGAUAUUCCAUGGACCUGAGACGCAUUGGUGGCAUGCGCAUCGCGCGAGGCUUGUUCGCUGGGCCCACGAUCUUGCAGGCUUCACGUCCCUCCUGCCCUCGCCCGCGUCGCCGACGGAGAGGGUGGGAGAGCCUGUGGAGAGAAGAAAGGCCUAUUUGAAUCCCGCGCUUUUGGACAUCGAGUUUGCUGGAGAGCCGAUUGGGUGUGACCCCGAGGUGUGUCCUGUUUUGGAUGAGGAGUUUGAUUGGAGGAGGAGGCAGAAUAUGAAGGAGUCGGGGAGGUAUAGAUAUGUUUUGGAUGUCGAUGGCAAUGGCUGGUCGAGCCGUUUCAAGCGCCUCAUCACCUCCAACUCUCUCAUCUUCAAAUCGACGGUAUACCCCGAAUGGUUCACAGAGCGCAUCGAACCCUGGGUGCACUACAUCCCCAUCCAACUUGACCUCUCCGACCUCUACGACGCCCUCGUCUUCUUCCGCGGGGACCCCACAGGCGCCGGCGCGCAUGAAGACCUGGCAUGA